CGUUAGAUAUUCUUAAAUCAUUCAAAACUGAAGCAAGAAAUCACCAUGCACACGGAAUAACGCAAAUUGAAGGAAGGUGGUGCGACGAAAAACUUCAAAGACUGUCGACUUUGUCAUUAGAAUUAGUCAAUUGCCUUGGAGACGAAAACGCAUAUGAGUUAUUAUUGAGAAUUAAACUGGAGCUUAAUUCUGAACUCGAGGAACAAUGUGUUUCAUCAAUGAAAAGGAAAUAUGAAGAAAAUGAAGAUAAAUUUCAUGAAAAAAAGAAAAGGAUGGUAGAAAUAGAACUCGGAGAGUUGGUUGAUUUCGCUCUUGAUAUAGUAAAUAAACUUAAUUCAACAAAUGAAGGACAUCUAAGUCAAAUAGUGCGACUAGCUGUCGAUGAAGACAAGGUAUUUUUAAAGAUUUGGAAAUCUUUAGCAACCCGAAAGGACGAGAAUGAAAGGAUUCAAAAGUUUAUUUCUCUGAUGAAUGUCCUUUUUGAUAUGAAUUUAAAGACCAAGAGUGAAACAAUUUGAGAAUAUUAAAAAUUUGACUUUCCUUUUCCGAUAAUUAUCAGCAAGAGCUUUAAUUUGUUAGUACAACAGUUUAUAUUACUUAAUAAAGUAUUAUGCAUAACUUAUCGAAUAAUUAUAUAAGUAAAUCUUGAUCAUACAUAUUUGGUUAGGU